UGUUCCGAAUGUGGUGUGACUUAUUUUUGUUUUGUAUUAAUUUCAAUAUAGUAAUUAUAAAUGUGAAAUGAUACAAAAUGUGUUAUCCCAUAUAGUGGAACCUUGCUUUGGCUGAAUGGAUCCCUACGUUGGGUGGUAUCAGCCCGAGCAGGAAGGACCCGCGAAGCGCUUGUGGCUUCGUAUCUGGGAAACUCAAAGUGAAACAGACAAAAUGAACCUCAAAAACUUAGAGAACGCUAAUCCUAAUGUGAAUAAAGCACAAGACUUUAUACCAUUAAAUGAAGUAAACGGUGAAAAUAGGAAUAAUAAUUAUUUUAAUCCUACGCGAAGGAAAGUGAACGAUAACCGCGCAUCUACGUUUAACCUGAAUCAAAACCACGAUGCUCUCAUAGGCGAAUACGGCGGCUGCCCGUGGCGGAUACCUAAUUAUAAUUACAAGCCUGGAGUUUUAGGGCUCCAUGAGGAAAUCGAACAUUUCUACAUGUACAUGUCUCCUACGGAGACGGAACACCUGGUCCGCUCCACCGUCGUCAGUCGCAUCCGUAGCACUAUCCUGUCGCUGUGGCCGCAGGCGCGCGUUGAGGUCUUCGGCUCCUUCCGCACCGGCCUCUACUUGCCAACCAGCGACAUCGACCUGGUCGUCAUUGGUCAAUGGGAGAAGUUGCCGCUGUGGACGUUGGAGCGCGAACUGGUCGGACAGAACAUUGCGGAGAAGGAGAGCAUCAAAGUGUUAGAAAAGGCAACGGUCCCGAUAGUGAAGAUGACGGACAAAUACUCCGACGUCAAGGUGGAUAUUUCGUUCAACAUGAGCAACGGGGUCAAGAGUGCGGAGCUCAUCAAACAGUUUAAGGAAAAGUAUCCAGUUCUAUCUCGCCUAGUCAUGGUCUUGAAGCAGUUCCUGCUGCAGCGUGAUCUGAACGAGGUUUUCACUGGCGGCAUCUCCUCCUACUCCCUAAUCCUCAUGUGCAUCAGCUUCCUCCAGCUACACCCGAGACCCGACCGGCUGAGACAGCCACAUAACCUGGGAGUGCUGCUCAUCGAGUUCUUCGAGCUGUAUGGAAGAAAGUUCAACUACGUUAAGACGGCGAUAAGAGUUAAAAAUGGAGGCUCGUAUGUCUCAAAGGAUGAAAUACAAAAGGAAAUGAACGACGGACAUCGUCCAUCGCUGCUCUGCAUAGAGGAUCCCCUAACGCCCGGCAACGACAUCGGCCGCUCCAGCUACGGGGCCAUACAGGUCAAACAGGCGUUCGACUACGGCUACAUCAGCCUGCAGCAGGCCGUGGCGCCGCACAACGCGCUGCUGUCGCGCCACAGCGCGCUGGGCCGCGUGGUGCGCGUGACGGACAACGUGCUGCAGUACCGGCGCUGGGUGGCGCUGACGUUCGAGCCGUUCUUCUUCCCGCUGCGCCGCGCGCCCAGCUCGGCCGAGCCGUCGCCGCCGAGCAGCGACAGCGAGCCCGACUGGGCCGACCCGCCGCUGUCGGCGCUGCAGUGCUCGUCGCCCACGCCGCGCCGCGUGUCGGCGCACCAGAACCUCAUCAUCCACCACAUCACCAGCAACUCCGACUUCAACAACAUCCCCUCCGGUGUGAUGCAGCAGCGCUACGCCCCCCCCGCGCCCCCCGCCGAGCCCAAGGGCCGCGGGGCGCGCUCGUUCUCGGCCAAGCAGAAGCGCUACAACGGCUCCCCGCCCACGCAGCGCUACCGCGGCGACCACCGCCACAAGAAGCGCCGCCAGGUGGCGCAGCCGCGAUGA